CCUGAUCUGGCGCAUCUGCAAGAAGUUAAAGCUCCCAGUUCCCGGCGUGUGCUGCGCGUGUCCAGUGCCCACCAUGCGGCCCCUCGUCCUGCUGUGGGGCUGCCUCGUGCUGCCAGGUUAUGGAGCCCUGAAGGGCCCGAAGGAGGUCCGUGGAUUUGAAGGCGACACGGUGUCCCUGCAGUGCACCUACGGGGAGAAGCUGAGGGAACGCAAGAAAUACUGGUGCAGGGAGAAAAGGAUCCUGAUCUCCCACUGCUCUGGCACUAUCUAUGCAGAAGAAGAUGGCCAGGAGAGGACGGAGGGCAGGGUGUCCAUCCGAGACAGCCCCCAGGAGCUCAAGCUCACCGUGACCAUGAGGAACCUCACCCUGCAGGACACGGGGAAGUACUGGUGUGGGGCCGAAAGACUGGGCUUUGAUUGGACUUCCCUGGUCUCUCUGCUCGUCUUUCCAGGGCCCUGCUGUCCUGCCUCCCCCAGGCCCUCCUUCCAGCCUCUUGCUACAACGAGCCUUCAGCCCAAGGCAAAAGCUUGGCAAACUCAGCCCCCAGAAUUGACUUCUCCUGGUCUUCACCCGACAGUCACCACAGCCAAGCAGGGGAAGACAGGGCCCGAGGCUUCUCCGUUCACAGGGCCCUCCCCGUCCCAGCACGCAGGAACCUCGCUAUAUGCAGGAACCUCUCCGUACGCAGCGACCUCUCCUCACGCAGCGACUUCUCUGUACGCAGAGACCUCUCCUCACACAGCGACCUCUCCUCACGCAGCGACCUCUCCUCACGCAGUGACCUCUCCUCACGAAGCCACCUCUCCUCAUGCAGGGACCUCCCACCCAGCCACAGAGCUGGACUCCACCUCGGCAGAGGAUGCCAGUCUUGUCCCCAGCAGCAGCAGUUCUAAGUCCAGGGUGUCCACCCCCAUGGUCCACAUCUUGGCCCCGGUCCUGGUGCUGCUGAGCCUUCUGCUGGCCGCAGGCCUGGCUGCCCUUGGCAACUACAUGCUCCGGUGGAGGAAGGAAGCUCAACUGGUCACGGAGACACAGAGGAAUGAGAAGGUCCACCUCUCAGACUCGGUCAAAGACGGAAGAGGAUACUCUACUCGCUCUGCCAGAGAGCCCCAGGGGGAUGUGAAAACUCAGAGGGAAGUGUUAGGGGUCAGACCAGCAUUUUCCUUCCCCAGAGAGCCAAUGCUAGAAGCUCUCCAUGUAUCCUUUUCUUGAAUACCUACUGUGUGCCAGGGGCUUGCCUAUGUCAUUAAACCUUCUACCCCCGCACAAGUUAGGUAUUAUUAUUUCCUCCUCCUUACAGAAUAAGAAAUCGAGGCUCAGAGAAGAUAAGUAACUUUCCCACAGCAACCCAGCCUGAAAGAGGCAGAACCAGGGAAACUGACCUCGGUCCGCGGGGCUGGCUGCAGCGCCCUGUGCUCCUUCCACCCUCCACGUUGAAGGCCAGGGGCUUGAGGGAUGGAGCCAGCUCCUGGGACCAAGACUCUCUCCAGACUUGGGAGAGAAACCCAUCCUCGGGCCAUGCACGUGGGAUGGCCGUGGCCCCUGACUCCUGGAAGGGCCCAGGUGGGAGAGCUGGGCUAAGAUCAGGACGCGACACGCUUCCCAAGGCUUCCCUGCGACAUCUUUGCUACUAUUUUUCCAGUGUCUAGAAGCAGAGGCUCUCAUCUUGCGUGUCCGUCAACCCAGAAAAUGCCUCUGAUUGUCCACAGUGUGGCAGAAGAACCAAUGAGAGAUGGAGACCCACACUGGACACAGGGUCGUGGUCCUGGCCACUGCCUACAUGUGUGGUUUGGUCUCUGCCCCAUGAGGUUCUUUCCUCAAAUUUGGUCAUCCUUGAGUAGGGGAUACGUCCAUGGCUGCCGGUGGUCAGUGGUUAGCAGUGGCUGGGUUUUGACUGAACCACAAAGCUGUAAAUAUGGGAUUCAUGGGAAAUGGACCUGAUGUCAGGGGGUCCUCUACUCCAGCCCAGCUCCGCCAUGUCCUCACCAUAGGCAGGGCUGGGAGGGCCAAAGGCCAUGAGUGACAGCAUUUGUGAAAUCUCCUUCCCCCUGCCCUCAUUCCCUUGUCCCUUCAGCCCCCCAGUCACUUCUCCUCCGAGAAAUUCUGCUCUGAGUUUUAUCUUGUAAGACUGAAGGUGUCACCAGAGAUGGCUCAGACAUCCACCUCUGCCCCCAUCCCCUGCGGUGAGGGUAUUGACAAAAGCAGGGGCCCAGUUGGUAGACAAGAGACACGGAGACAAAGAGAAGUGUGCGGCAUGCCCUGUCAGGAUGGCAGCAUAGUGUAGGAAAAGAGCUUCGGUCUGAGGUCAAAUAGUUGUGAAUACAAGUCCCAGCUCAGCUUCUUGCCAGCUGUGUGACGUUUGGCAAGUUACAUCACCUCUCUGAGCCUCGGUUUCCCUUCUCACAGAUUGUGAUUAGGAACAAGUGAGAUGAGACACUCCUAGGUGUCCAGAAAAUGGGAGCUUCUUUCUUUGGCUUCAGUGCCCAUAGGGCCAUAGGAUUUGCUGGCCAGGGCACCUCAGGGCAGCUGUGCCCUUGGGAGACUUGGCUGGGGGCCGGCUCCAGCCUCUGCUCUGCCCAGCUGCCAGGACAAUGGAGCGGGACAUGGAGGAGCCUGGCGUUCUGACCUGAGGACCUAUGGGGACAGCCCGGCCCCGGGCUGGAGAUGGGCUUCCCCACUCACUCUGGACUACCACCUCUCUCCCCUGGGCCUCAGUUUCCUCAGUGAUCAAAGAGCGACUGCUCAGACUAUAAUCUCCUAAGACUUUUUUCUGUGUUGUUUGUGAUUCGGUGAGUCUUUGAGGCGUCCAGCUUUGCUGUCUCCAGGCCUGUUACAAAGAACCUGCAGCCUGCGUGUUCUUUCUGCUUAAAGGAUAGAAAUAACAAUACUGAAAACGAAUGAAUCAUUCCGGGAGUUCCCAGUUGUUGAGUGAUAAAACAUUGUCGUGAAUAUUCACUGUAACCCUGAGGGAAGGAUUCUUGUCCCCAUUUACAGCGGAUGAAGCUGAGCCUCAGGGAGGUUAGGUGGCUUGUCCAAGGUCCCACGAGACUAGGAAACUUGACCGAAGGGCGAGACUAGGAAACUUGACCGAAGGGCUCUGACUCCGAAGCCCGCCUUCUUCCCCUUGCCCACCCCUCCUGCAUUUCCCGCCUCCUGUUCCACUCACAGACCAUCCCUGCUGCCAAGAACGGCCUGUUCUGACCCGUCUCUGUUUCAGCCGCUCCAGAACGGCGGGGUCCCGGAGUACACCGUGAUCAACCUUGCAGGGCCCACUGGGCCUCAUG